AUGCAGGUUUUCGAGGUUGAAUCUGCGCCAAGUGCUGCCAGUACUCCUGCACGUGGCAGAUGCCUUGGCAUCCUCACCUCGCCGCGUGUGCUCCUCUCUGCUCUGCUGGCGGGCGGAGCCCUGGUUGGGCUGUUCGCGCUGUCGCAUUCGAAUGCUGUGAGUAGUCAAGUGUCCCUGGUGGGGUCGCAAGUUGGCAGCGAUCAGCCACAAGUCUGCCAGGAAGGUGGAGAAGUUAUGCCGGGGCACUUCAGACCCCGUUGCACUGAAGAUGGCUUCUGGGCACCACACCAGUGCGAUGGCAGCACCGGAAUGUGCUGGUGCUCAGACAAGGCAGGCCACCGUCUUGAGGGAAGCCUUAGCAAGCCUGGGCAACACAGCACCAGGCAUGAGGACUGCUUGGCCAUCCGACUGCUUCAGGAGGAUGGUAACAACACCGAGUGCCACCUGAAGCAGUUGAAGGCUCGGAUCCGUCCCUUGCUUGGAGCUUUCCUGCCACGAUGCCGCCCAGAAGGAGGCUAUGAGAAACACCAGUGCUGGGGAUCAACUGGCGAGUGCUGGUGCACGGACGCGUCAGGCAAGGAGGUGGCAGGCACUCGCGGCCGCCCCGGCCCAAAAGCAGAGGAGUGUGCAUCGUCCUGCCAGACGCUUUGUACCGCCGAACAUCAGCAGCAGGGUGUGAACUGUAUUUUGGGAGCCUGUCUCCAUGAUGAGACGACAAUCUCAGUUUAG